AGUGUUGUCAAAGUGUGGGUGACAACAAAAAUCUGUGGGGUGUUUAUUUAUUAAGAUUUCCUAGAUUUCCUGGCCAAGAUGAUGUCCCACAUGGAAGAACUGGAACAGGAGCCUUUCGAUGUGGCGGAGUUCAUCGAGAGGCUGACUUGGAGGACCAGCAAUGAAUUGGGCCCAGAAGAGUUUGAUCCUGACCUCUUGCACGAGACCUUUGUGCAAACAAUCAAGGAUCUCACCAUCUUGCAAGAAAGACAGCAGAGAAAGUGUGAGAAACUCGAAGAGUCUUUGAAAGAGGAGCAAAAAUUCCAUGGUGCCAACAUAGAUAAGCUGCAGGAAAAGCAUCAGGUCUCUGUGGAUUGGUUCCAUCAGCUGGAUGAGAAGAUCAACUCUGUCGCCGGCAAGAUUAUCCACCUUGGCGAGCAGUUGGAAAACGUGAACACGCCCAGAAGCAGAACUGUUGAAGCACAGCGACUGCUGAAUCACAUGAGUGAAUUUCUCACUCCCGGAAGGGUGAUUAAUGAAGUGUUCAGCGACAAGAGUAAGCUCUUCGAGGCGGCUGAUAUCAUCCAGAAACUGUACACAAUAUCCCAAGAUCUGCCGUCAGACAAAUUUGGCGAGGCAAAGAAGAAAAUCGAGGCGAAAUACGAUGAAAUUGAAAGAGCAUUGAUUGAGGAGUUUGCCAGAGCUCAAAAAUCUGAAGAUAUUGAUAAUAUGAAACAUAUCGCGACGAUUUUAUCGCAAUUUAAGGGAUACUCUCAGUGUGUUGAUGCCUACAUUGAGCAAAGUCAGGCUUCAACGUAUGGCGGAAAGGAUAUCUUCGGCGGCAUUCUGCCAAUGUGUCGACAUCACUACACGAUCAUCAAGAAGGUGUUCGCCAGUCCGGAUCAGGUCAUGUCCAAGUUCAUCCUCAACAUUUACCAACUGAAGAUCAACCAAUACGCCCAGACAAAGCUGGAGGAUCGUCGCGAUGAGGACAAGUACUUGAAGACGCUGUAUGAUAUGUAUUCCCGCACCAUGAAGCUCUCCAGUGAUCUGUCUGAGUUCACGAUGGAGAGUGAUGAUGAUUUGCUGUCCAAGCUCACCAUGAAUAUCUUCGCUAAGCAUUUGGCCACGUAUAUUGACACUGAGGCGAGAGUUUUGGAUGGAAAGUGUUCAUCGGAGCUGCAAGAGUUCUACAGAGGCAAGAAGCAUCAGAAGAAGCAGACUGAACGCUUCCAUGAUCUGAAGCGCGACGUCCAGGCGCUGAUUGGCACCAGAGCCAACAUAAAUAUCGCCCAGAUUGAGGAUUAUGGCGGUGAGACAUUCUUGUCUGAGGAGUUGGCGAUAAAUCUGCUGCAAGAGUCCAAGGUGGCAUUCAAGAGAUGUCGUCUGUUGUCCAAUAAGAGCGUCCUGCCAUCAAAUGCCAUUCGUCUGGCAGACAUUCUCCUCAGAUACUUAAUGCAUGAGCACGUUGAUUAUGCCCUUGAACUGGGUCUCAAUGCCAUUCCACUCGUGGAGAGCAAGAAUCAUCCGCAGAUAUACUUCUUUGAUUGUGUACAGAAGAGCAACACGAUUGUCCAUCUGCUGGAGAAGACAUACAGUGCGAGCAUUCUUCCGUGCGUUGUAUCAACUCCGCGAUAUAUUGACUGCACGGAGAAGAAGCGAAUCAUGCUGGAUCAGAUUGAGAGCAAAUUGGACUCAGGACUGGAUAGAUCAAUCAACGCACUGGUCGGAUGGGUGAAGGUCUAUCUGCAGAGUGAGCAGCGGAAGUCGGACUUCAAACCAGACACGGACAUUGACACUGUGGCAUCUCCGGCGUGUCACCACGUCGUGCAGCAACUGAUGUCGGCCAUCCAGCAGAUUCAGUGCUGCAUUGAUGGCGAGAAUCUGUCGUCGGUGAUGACAGAAUUGGGUGUGAGGCUGCAUCGUGUGAUCUUCGAUCAUCUGCAGCAGUUUCAGUACAACACGGCGGGUGCGAUGUGUGCAAUUUGCGACGUGAAUGAGUACAGGAAGUGCGUGAGAGAGCUCAAGAGUCCCCUGGUCACGCAGCUAUUCGACGUCCUUCACGCCCUGUGCAAUCUGUUGCUGGUGAAGCAUGAGAAUCUGCAAGAGGUUUGCGGCGGAGAAACACUCAAUUCGCUGGACAAGUCCGUGGUGAUGAACUUCAUUCAGCUGAGAAGUGACUACAAGACCAUCAAGAUAUCCAAUUCGCUGAAGGGAAUGCACGAUCAUCGGAUGUAGUGCUCGUGCACGGACUGUCUGAGAGAUCCAGUCGAUGUACUCAGACACUCUUGUGUACACACCUGGCCAGCCCUCCAGGCCGCAAGGUGAUGGUCCAAAGGACACCAGGCCCACGCAGAACCAGUAAGGUCUCGCCGCUUUGUUAUCUGAAUAGAAUCAUUGAGAUAUAUUGCACAUAAAUAAUCCAAA